AUGGCGCCGGCGGAGUGGCAGCAGGAGUGGCAGCAGCAGCAGGCGGAGUGGCAGCAGGCGCCGGCGGAGGUGGAGGACGACGACCCGAUCGACUGGGACGACCUCGCGAACCGGUCCAGCAGCGACGAUGACGGCGGCGACGCCCCGUACUUGUUUUGGGAGAAAGUGCAGCCACUCGAUGGAGAGACAUUCGAUCCACUGGCUCAUGAAUAUCCGUUGAUGCUUAACUGGACAGAAGAUGAGGCUCUUAAGCGUGACGCGUACGACACAUCGUACGGCCGCGGGAAUGGGAAUGUUGAUGACAUAAUAAAUGAGAGGUAUAGACAGGCAUUAAUUGCUCGAGAAGGGAAAAUUCCAGAGGAAGAAGUUGAGCCAGAAGUUCCAACAGGUCAUGCCCGAAUAAAGAAAGAUAAUAGAGAUGAGGCUUCGUCGAGUAGGGAUACUACCUUAGAUCAAGUGAUGAAAUGCAUCAAAGAUAUGCAAAAAGAAAUUCGUCUUCUCCCUGAAAAAUGUGCUGAGAUAGUAGUGGAGAAGCUGGAGAAGGAAGGUCUUGUCUUCAAUCGAAACAGGGGGUUUGGUGAUGAUGUUGAGUUCGUGGAUCAUAGUGAAGACUGGAUGGGGAAGUAUCGUCCAUCAAAAUAUUGGACCGAUGUAAAAUCAACUCCUCCAAAAGAAGACAUGGAGGCAUCCUUCACCAUGGGUAAUGGGAAGAAGUCGGCGCGUGAGAAAGGUGUGCAUCACAAGACACCCGGUACAGGAGAUGAAGGCAACCCCUUCGUUAUUGAGGAGAAUGGUAAUUCACCUGACCCAUCUCUAGCAACGGUAGACACAAAUGACUUACCAGCUCUUACUGCAACCCCCAAGAAUAUAAAUACAAUGUCAGAAGGGUCUACCGCUGAUAAAUCUGAGGAGAUUAGUAUGGAUAGUCUGAACACCCGUAUUAAAAAUGCGAAAGAGAGUGGCACUAAGGAGAAUGAUGGGAAACGCAAGAGGAAACAGUCAAAAUAUUGUCUUUCACCCUACCAGCAGAACGAUGGACGUAAACAUGCAAAGAAAAAUCUGUUUGGUAUAAGAGCCGCUAUGAUUAGUACCGAUUACAUUAAUGAGGAACACAUAGAGGCCGCGACGGUUUAUAUCCGGACACUAGCACGCUCGGAGAAGCUUUGUACGAAAAAUGUCGUGCACAUGACGGGAAUUGCUGGGGAAACAUGUCAUCAAUAG